AUGGCGCCACCAGCUCUACUGACUGCAGUGGACUCCUCUGCACACGCCCAUUUGAUUAUAGGUUCGAACCCACUGGCCGGCGCGAGGUGUAGCAAGGCACUCGAAGUCGGGGCGAAGCCUAUCCUUAUCGCGCCACCAACCGCCAACAUCCACUACGGUCUCGCCAAGAGGAUCGAAGAGAACGCCGUGCAAUGGGUAAAACGAGACUUUGAAGAGACGGACUUGACGACUCUUGGAAGAGAAGAAGUAGACCAUGUGGUUGAUGCAGUGUUUGUCACAACUGGUGGCAAAGGUCCGUUCGGCACGAGGAUAUCUACAUUGUGCAGAAGGCUGCGGAUACCUGUCAAUGUGGCGGAUGCACCGAAUCUUUGCACCUUCACAUUGCUGUCAACACAUUCGUCUGGACCAUUACAGAUUGGCGUGACAACCUCAGGCAAGGGCUGCAAGCUGGCAUCGCGGAUACGGAGAGAGAUUGCAGCCGCUUUACCCCAAGAUCUUGGUCAGGCUGUAGAACGCUUGGGUACUGUAAGAAGACGGAUUUGGGAACAGGAUCACGCCAAUGAAGCAAACACUGAUCUCGAAGCUGAAGAGGAAGAUGUUGGACAGACCUCAACCUUCAACAAGCUCGUGCUUCCGUCUGAUGCAGAAGCUGCAAAGGCGAGACGCAUGAGAUGGCUUGCUCAAAUCUGCGAGUAUUGGCCUCUACGACGACUGGCAGCAAUCACAGACGACGACGUCGAUCACAUCUUGCAAGAUUACAAGGACGAGACAUCAUCUUCACAGCAUACAGACGAGAAGCCUCUACUGAGCACGGCGGUACUUGAUGCACGGCGAAAUCGCGGCCGCAUAAUCCUGGCUGGGUCUGGACCCGGACAUCCUGAUCUGCUGACCACUGCUACCCUGAAAGCUAUUCGGAGUGCCGACCUUAUUCUUGCCGAUAAGCUCGUCCCUGCCCCUGUGCUGGAGCUCGUCCCGCGUAGAACUCCCAUCCAGAUCGCUCGAAAGUUCCCAGGCAACGCCGAUCAAGCUCAAGACGAGCUGCAUAGAAUGGGUCUGGAUGCAUUGAAGGAAGGCAAGACUGUACUUCGUCUGAAGCAGGGCGAUCCGUAUCUUUACGGUCGAGGCGCUGAAGAAGUUGCAUUCUUCCGCGAGCAUGGCCACGAAGCUAUUGUACUCCCAGGCAUCACAUCUUCGCUCAGCGCACCCCUUUUCGCUCAAAUACCUGCCACACAUCGAUCAGUCAGUGAUCAGAUCUUGAUAUGCACAGGUACAGGACGCAAGGGAGCCUCGCCAAACCCGCCCGAUUUCCUACCGAAUCAGACGGUGGUAUUCCUCAUGGCUUUGCAUAGACUCCAAGAUCUCAUAGCCAGUCUGGUGAGCCACAAAGCAUCACCGUAUCCAGUCUCGACGCCCUGCGCGGUCAUCGAACGGGCAUCUUGCCCAGAUCAGCGAGUCAUACGCACAACGCUCGAGCACGUCAACGCAGCUGUGGAGGAAGAAGGCAGUCGGCCGCCUGGCUUGCUUGUCGUUGGAGCCUCGUGUGAAGUACUGCAAAAGUCUCCUCAGAAGUGGGUCGUAGAAGAUGGGUUUCAGGGACUCGAUGCGCUCGAUGCACUCGGUGAGGGCGGAAAGGGGCUUGAUGGGUUACGAGAGGCACUUGUUGCCACGCCCGGGCUGGAGGACGAGAAGACGCUCGGUGCACCCGUUACGAUAUGA